AGCCUAUCGCGUUAUCGCCUCUUUACCUUGACGGUCAUCUGCUCCACAAGGGAUCCCAAGACAAAGUACAGCAUCUUUUAGGCACCCUGGAGUGAAAGAAAUAGAGUCAUGACAAUUUAUUCCCAGAUCGGCCGACAAGCCGUAAAGCGGAAAAGCCAUGCCGUUCACUGCCUCACUUGGUGGCAGUGGUACCAGUAGUCGCUUGGCCACCAAGAGUUGUCGUCAUCUCUACCCAUUCCAGAUCACAAAGGUCUCACAACCAGCUCUACUUAACAGUCGCGCUCCCUGGCCUUUGUCUUUUGGCACGCGUGAUUCUUACAUACACAUCAACUUCUUCCACCCGCAAACAUGCCUAUUCUCGAAGCUCGUCAAUACUAUGGUUAUUACAACCGAUGCUACGGCAACAACUGCAACAGCACUUGGAACAGAUGGGGACGCUGGGUGCUUCUCGCCUGCAUAAUUGCUGUCUUCUUCAUCCUGUUCUUCCUCUUCUCGUGCCUGUCCGCCAAAAGACGCCGUAGACGCGGCGCCAACCCCUACUACGGCACUGGAUGGACAGUCCGUCACGGCACGCCUACCUACAACCAGAACGCGCCGCAAACAGCUCAGCCUUACUACGCCAACAACACCACGGCUCCUCACUACAACAACUCCAACAACCCUCCUCCAGCUUACAGCCCUCCUCCCAACACUACCAACUACCAUGGCGGCAACAACAUUGAGCUGCAACAGCCUCAGGCCGCCUACAAUGGCAACUACGCUCCUCCUAAGGACCCUCCUCCGGCCAGAUACUAAGCAAGGUUGAGGGUUGAGGAUCGUUACAACACCCCUCACCACAUGAGACGCUGUAAUGAGGACUGGGAACGGGAUUGGGAUUUGGCGCGGGAACAAUGGCGUUACGGAUGGCGUGGCUUUGAUACCCCAAAACAGCUACGGCCAUGAUGAAGACAAUGGGCUUUUUUUCUAUGUUCUCUCACGAAGGCUGUACUAUUCUAAUAAUGAAAACGUUCAAAUAACCGUCGCUUCUACACCC